GCGAAGCCCAAGGUGAAGUCCAAGGCGAACGCCGCGAGCGCCGCGGCGAAGCCCAAGCCCAAGGCAAGGACGACGGCGAUGAAGAAACACAUGAAGAAGCCAGCCUGCGACGAGCACCCGCCAGAGGUCAGCCCCGAGCAGAGCGAGGUCGAGCAGAUCGGACCGCCCAUGCCGUUCGGCCUCUUCGACCAGAUGCGCAACUUCGGUGGCAGCACGUAG